AUGCGCCGUAAUAAAACUGGCGUUGACCGUAAAGACCAUCACCGACGGUCCUGGUUUAAUGGAUCCGGCUUAUUCAACAUGUUUUCUUCAGCGCCACCUUCACCCACCAACGAUGCAGUAGUCUCUCCUUUCCAUGAUGCUCUCGCACGAAACAGGUCACAGUCACUCACGCCAUUGACCUGCCUGACGCCUCUGGAUACAGCAGCUGCAGCGGCGAAAAGACCCACUCCCUUGAUCAAGUCGGCCAGUAGUAAGAAGAUGUCCUUUUCCAGUCUUCUCACCAAAGCAACGGCUGCGACACGAAAGAAAAGCGCCAGCAGUAGUCACCACCGCUAUGGCCCACACCACAGCAGCAGCAACAGCAGCAGCACAGACAUGAAAAAAGGCGGAGCACACAGCAACAAGGCGUCUGCCUCGAUCACGCCGGAUUCUUUCUCGACCGCUUUCAACACGAACGGCGACGAGGACGAGGAGGAUGACUCUUAUAUGUCCCCCACGACGAGGCGGAAUAGUUUACGAAGCGUCAGGCGAUCGUUGUCUGACAAUAGCAGGGAAACGAUGAGCGAAUACCUGCUCUGCACCCAACCCAAAGAUCAACCGUUUUCCGUCGAAUUACUCGAAUUGGACGAAGAAGAAGCCGAUCGAAUUCAAUUAAAGAAUGAUUUGAUGAAAUUGGCAUUCGAAGGCGAAUUUUGCUUACCGUUCGACUACAAAGACUUGCCCAAAGGUAGGAUUUUGGAUGUGGGCUGCGGCCCUGGCGCCUGGUGCAUCGAUCUUUCUGCCCGAUACCCAGGCAUCGAGGUGAUAGGCGUGGACAAAGACGACAUGUUUCCCGCCAAACAUAAUCUACCGCGCAAUUGCCAAUUAUUGGUAUGUAACGUGCUGAGUGGAUUGAGAGAAUUCUCAGACGCUAGUUUCGAUGUGAUACAUAUACGAUUUAUGGUCUUGUCCUUCACUUUAUCGCAAUACCCUCAAGUCAUCAAAGAUUGCUGGCGGCUGCUUAAGCCGGGUGGUUAUAUUGAAAUACUAGAAACAGACUUGACGAUUCAUUCACCUGGACCUAUCACAAAAAGACUGAAUGAAGAAAUGUUGGAAGUAGCGAAAAGUAGAGGACUAGAUCCCGCACAACAAAUAACGACCUUUGACAAAAUGAUACCCGAAAACGCCAUUCAAACCGACGUCAAAUAUCGUUCGAUACCUAUAGGUAUUUGGGGCGGUCGCAUCGGUGUCCUUUGCAGAGAUGAUAUGAUCCAUAUGCUGACGAGAUUCCAACCCGCUGUAAGGGCCUUUUAUGGAAAGUCAAAACCAGAGUCCGUGGACAUGUUUGACGAAGAUAUUAAACAUGUUGUGCGGGAAAUGGACCACUACAAAAGCUUUUGCAAUUACUUUUUUUUCACAGCACAAAAACCUCAUCUUUCACCAACUAACACUCCUCCAGCAAGCAUCGUAAGCACUCCCGCGACUACACCUUCCUCAUUUUCUUUGAAACGAAACCAACUAACGCAGCAGUCGUCUUUGACUUCCAUUAUGCAUCCGAGAGCAUUCUAA